GCCCCACCAUAGGAUCGCAGGAGCUACUUUGGCCUGACUCAACCAGUAUGGAGGAGGUGGCUGGGAAUGCCCCGUGUGAAUACUUUGAGGCCAACGUGCUUGCCCAGAACUGCUGUCAAAAUUGCUUCCACCCUGAGGAGGCCCACAGACCAAGGCACCAGGAGCCGGGGAGCCCUCCAAGUGCUGGGGUGCCUUACUGCGACCUGCCACGCCGCCCGCCUGCCUCUGAGGACCCUCCCCGUUCCUCGACCUCCGGCUGCGAGUCCGUGGCGGGCCCGGGCCUUGGGCCAGGGCCUGAGAGGGGCCGGUCAGCAGGGUCCUCCGCAGAGGCGCCCACAGCUGCCCCUGGACACAGGAGCCAGGAGCCGGAGACAGUGCCCUAUCUGGGGGGUCUGACCUCCUCCCUGGGAGGCAGCUUCGACGAAGGCCCUGAGUCUGGCACCAGCUCCAGCCCUGACUGCAACACCCCUGAUGAUACCAGCGACUCGUCCUCCGUGGACUGGGACACUGUUGAAAGGCGGGAGGAGGCCUCCAGCAGGGACGAGCUCACCAUGAUGAUCCCGAGGAAGCCCCAGGAAGGGCCAAGAGCUGACAGUGCCCGAAGGGCUCCAUCUCUCCUCACCCGGUCCCCCGUGGGAGGGGAUACCGCAGGCCAGAGAAAGGAAGACACCAGUGGGAGCCGAAGUGCCGGACAGCACUGGGCGAAGCUCCGGGGAGAGAGUGGGAACUUCUUGGCGCGGCACCGGUUGGCACUAACCCCGGCUUCCUGUGCGACACUGCAGGGCGGACCUCGCAGUGCCACCCCCCAGGCUUCCUCUCUUCAUUGUUCUGCCCAGAGGGAUGUUGCCCAGACUGCUUCCACACAGUUCGAUACCCCCCGAGCCUCCUCUCCCACACAAAUCGCCCAACGGGACAAACCCAGAACCUCAUCCACCCAACAGGACAUCCCCAGGACCUCUCUCACACAGCACAACACCCCCAGAGCAUCCUCUCCCUCAAGAAUCGCCCAACGGGAUAACCCCAGAACCUCCUUCGUCCAACGAAACAGUCCUCGAGUUUCCUCUCCCACCAGAGCCACCCGACAAGACAACUCUAGAACCUCUUCUAUCCAACAGGACAACCCUCAGACUUCUUUUCCCACAUGUAUUUCCCAGAGGGACAACCCCAGAGCCUCCUCUCCCAACAGAACCAUCCAACGGAGCAACCCUAGAACAUCCUGUGCCCAACUGGACAAUCCCAGAGCCCCCUCUCCCAACAGAGCCACCCAGCGGGACAACUCCAGAACAUCCUGUGCCCAACGGGACAAUCCCAGAGCCCCCUCUCCCAACAGAGCCACCCAGCGGGACAACUCCAGAACAUCCUGUGCCCAACGGGACAAUCCCAGAGUUCCCUCUCCCAACAGAGCCACCCAGCGGGACAACUCCAGAAUAUCCUGUGCCCAACGGGACAAUCCCAGAGCCCCCUCUCCCAACAGAACCAUCCAACGGGACAACUCCAGAACAUCCUGUGCCCAACGGGACAAUCCCAGAGCCCCCUCUCCCAACAGAACCACCCAACGGGAUAACUCCAGAACAUCCUGUGCCCAACGGGACAAUCCCAGAGCCUCCUCUCCCAAAAGAACCACCCAGCGGGACAACUCCAGAACAUCCUGUGCCCAACGGGACAAUCCCAGAGCCCCCUCUCCCAACAGAGCCAUCCAACGGGGCAACUCCAGAACAUCCUGUGCCCAACGGGACAGUCCCAGAGCCCCCUCUCCCAACAGAACCACCCAACGGGGCAACUCCAGAACAUCCUGUGCCCAACGGGACAGUCCCAGAGCCCCCUCUCCCAACAGAACCACCCAACGGGGCAACUCCAGAACAUCCUGUGCCCAACGGGACAGUCCCAGAGCCCCCUCUCCCAACAGAACCACCCAACGGGGCAACUCCAGAACAUCCUGUGCCCAGCGGGACAAUCCCAGAGCCCCCUCUCCCAACAGAACCACCCAACGGGACAAUCCCAGAGCUUCUUGUAUUCAACAGAACAUCCCCAGAACCUCUCCUACCCAACGGGACAACCCUAAAACCUCUUGUAUGCAAUGGAAUAACCCUAGAACCUCUUAUACUCAACGAGACAAUCCACAGUCUUCCUCUCUACGGGACAACCCUAGAACUUCCUCCCCUCGAUGCUGCACACAACGGGACAAUCCCAGGAAUUCUUCUCCCCAUCGUACUAACAAAGAUAUUCCCUGGGCCUCCUUUCCUCUCCGCCCAACCCAGACUGAAGGCCCCCGAACCUCUUCCCCAUCUCGCUCCAAGCAAAGUGAGGUUCCCUGGGCCUCCAUUGCCCUUCGGCCAACCCAAGGGGACAGGCCUCCUCAGACCUCAUCUCCUACUAGGCCAACUCUGCGCGACCCACCUCUCUCCUCCUCCGGAUCUACUCGACACAACUCACCAUCUCCGGCCGCUUCCUCCUCCCAUAACCCCGGCCCCCACAGUGCCUCCCGGACUUCUUCACCUCUGUACCCUGCUACCUGCGGGGCACCCCAGACCUCUUCUGAGCCCUCCCAGCCUCCAUGUUCUGUGUGUAUUGGGCAUCGGGAUGCCCCUCGAGCUUCCUCACCUCCUCGCUAUUUGCAACAUGACCCCUUCCCCUUCUUCCCAGACCCCCAUGCACCUGAGGGUGAAUCGCCCCACCACAACCCCCCCUAUAUACCUCCAGCCGUGUGCAUUGGACACCGGGAUGCCCCCCGGGCUUCUUCACCCCCCCGCCACACCCAGUUUGACCCCUUCCCCUUCCUCCCAGACACAUCAGAUGCUGAGACUCAGUCCCCCCAGCAUGACCCUCCUCAGUUCCCCCCACCUGUGUGUAUUGGGUACCGUGAUGCACCCAGGGCCUCCUCCCCGCCGCGCCAGCCCCCAGAGCCAUCCCUGUUAUUCCAGGAUCUUCCCAGGGCCAGCACUGAGAGCCUUGUCCCCUCCACGGACUCUCUGCACGAGCACCCCACAUGCCCACCCCCUGUGUGCAUUGGGCACCGAGAUGCACCCUCCUUCUCGUCCCCACCACGCCAGGCCCCUGAGCCCUCCCUCUUCUUUCAGGAUCCCCCAGGGACUAGUAUGGAGAGCCUGGCCCCCUCCACUGACUCUCGGCAUGGCUCCCCAAUGCUGCCCCCCCAAGUGUGCAUCGGGCACCGGGAUGCACCUAGAGCCUCCUCCCCACCCCGCCACCCCCCCAGUGACCUAGCGCUCCUGGCACCCUCACCUCCGCCAGGCAGCUCGGGGGGCUCCCGGGGCUCAGCAGCCCCUGGGGAGACCAGGCACAACUUGGAGAGGGAGGAGUACACCGUGCUGGCUGACCUGCCCCCGCCCAGGAGGCUGGCCCAGAGGGAGCCAGGGCCCCAGUGCAGCAACGGGGGCCGCACCCGCAGCCCUGGCCGCGCGGAGGUGGAGCGCCUCUUCGGGCAAGAGCGCAGGAAGUCCGAGGCACCGGGGGCUUUCCAGGCCCGGGACGAGGGGCGGUCGCAGCGGCCCAGCCAAGGUCAGAACCAACUUCUCCGAAGACAGUCCAGCCCUGCCCUCAGCAGGGAGGUAACCAAGCCCCUUGCGAAGCAGGCAGAACCGGCCCAGAGGAGCCAAGCAGAGCCCCCUCAUCCCAGGAGCCCCGAGAGGCAGCCUGAAGGGGACCGGCAGCUCCAGGGGUCCUCGCUGCCCCCAAGGACAUCAGCCAGGACCCCUGAGAGGGAGCGACGGACAGAGAGACCUUUGGAAAGUGGCCGGGCGGGCCCAAGACAGCCUCUGGGGGGGUGGCAGAGUCCAGAGGAGCCUCCAGGAACCCAGGGCCCUCACAGACAUCUGGAGAGAGGGUGCGGCAGCCUGCAGGAGGGCCCAGGCCUGGGGGGCUGGCAAGGACUUGGGGAGCCCCACCGGGGGGUUGCCAAAGCCCCAGAGGGAACUUGGAGGGGCCCUCUCAGGGAGUCCGAGGAGAGCUGGGGGCAGCUGGGUGGCCCCACCGGCCACAGGGGGCAGGCAGAGGCCUGGGAGGAGCCCCCCAGUAAUGGGUUGUGGGAGUCCCCCGACAGGUCAGUUCAGAGAGGUUGGGGCAGCCUGCAGGACCUGCCCAGUGCUCACCAGCCUAGGAGCCCCCCAGAGAACUCCAGGAUAGGCCCAGCAGAGUUCUUGAAAUCUCAGAGGACUGAGACACCCACCACCAUGGGCUGGGGGGCUGAGGGAACGUGCCCACACCUGCACAGCCCUGAGAGGCAACGCGAGCUCGACGGGAAGGACCUCGUGGGCCUUCUCGGGGCGCCCAGAGAGGGGGCCUGGGCCCGCACGGAGGAGUCGACGCUCACCUCCCACCUUCCCAGGUUGGACUGGGAAGGCCUCCUGGAGCUCCUGCAGGCCCAGCUGUCCCGCAAGGACCCAGCUGGACACUGGGGUACCCCGGCCCCGGCUUCAGGGCCAGAGGUGGGUUCCCCAGGCACAAAUGGUGCCCCAGAGCUAGAGCGACAGGGCCAGCCUGACAGCUGGGAGGAGUCCACCCUGGUCAAUGGACAGAGCGCUGGGCAGUGGCCCCAGAGCUCCGCCCAGCCGCCCAGCCCUGCCUGCACCGCCACCCAGUGGCCAAAGACCAAAGUGACGAGUGGACCAGAGACCUCAGCUAAGGCUGGUCUGGAGGAGUUGGGCCCGCUGGGAAGCAGGAGCCCUGCAGAGGGUCCCAGCUUGCCAGACUGGGAGUUCCAAUCAGAGGAGCCUGAGGAGUCAGAACCAAGCAAAGGCCAAGACUCACUGACCGACCAGAAGCAGGCAGACUCGGCAGACAAGAGGCCAGCGGAGGGCAAGGCUGGGAGCCCACUCAAGGGCCGACUGGUGACCUCAUGGCGGAUGCCCGGGGACCGUCCCACGCUGUUCAAUCCGUUCCUGCUGUCUCUGGGGGUCCUCAGGUGGCAAAGGCCCGAUCUGCUCAACUUCAAGAAGGGAUGGAUGUCAAUCUUGGACGAGCCUGGAGAGCCCCCCCUCCCCUCGCUCACUGCCACCUCUCCUUCACAGUGGAAGAAGCAUUGGUUUGUGCUGACAGAUUCAAGCCUUAAGUACUACAGGGACUCCACCGCCGAGGAGGCUGAUGAGCUGGAUGGCGAGAUCGACCUGCGUUCCUGUACGGACGUCACCGAGUAUGCGGUGCAGCGAAACUACGGCUUCCAGAUCCAUACCAAGGAUGCUAUCUACACCUUGUCGGCCAUGACCUCGGGUAUCCGGCGAAACUGGAUCGAGGCUCUGAGGAAGACCGUGCGACCCACCUCUGCCCCGGAUGUCACCAAGCUCUCGGACUGCAACAAGGAGAACACGCUGCACGGCUGCAGCACCCAGAAGGGCUCCCUGAAGGCCGGGGAGCAGCGGGGGGGCUCUGAGGUCAUCGGUCGGGGCAGCCCGAGGAAGGCGGAUGGGCAGCGGCCGUCCCUGGACUACGUGGAGCUCUCCCCGCUGACGCAGGGCUCCCCGCAGCGGGUCCGCGGCCCGGCCCGCGCCCUCGACCGCCCGACCAAGCAGGAGGAGCUCGAGCGGGACCUGGCCCAGCGCUCCGAGGAGCGACGCAGGUGGUUUGAGGCCACGGACAGCCGGCCCCCGGAGACCGCGGCUGGCGAGGGGCCGCGCCGGGGCCUGGGUGCCCCGCUGACGGAGGACCAGCAGAGCCGGCUCAGUGAGGAGAUUGAGAAGAAGUGGCAGGAGCUGGAGAAGCUGCCCCUGCGGGAGAACAAGCGGGUGCCUCUCACCGCCCUGCUCAACCAAAGCCGCGGGGAGCGCCGGGGGCCUCCGGGUGACAGCCACGAGGCCCUGGAGAAGGAGGUCCAGUCUCUUCGUGCUCAGCUGGAGGCAUGGCGUCUUCAGGGAGAGGCUCCUGAGGGUGCACCCAGGUCCCAGGAGGACAGCCACGUCCCCCCGGGCUACAUCUCGCAGGAAGCGUGCGAGCGCAGCCUGGCCGAGAUGGAGUCCUCACACCAGCAGGUGAUGGAGGGGUUGCAGAGGCACCACGAGCGCGAGCUGCAGCGGCUGCAGCAGGAGAAGGAGUGGCUCCUGGCCGAGGAGACGGCAGCCACGGCCUCAGCCAUCGAAGCCAUGAAGAAGGCCUACCAGGAGGAGCUGAGCCGGGAACUGAGCAAGACACGGAGUCUCCCACAGGGCCCCGAUGGCCUUCGCAAGCAGCACCAGUCAGACGUGGCGGCGCUGAAGCGGGAGCUGCAGGUGCUGUCCGAGCAGUACUCGCAGAAGUGCCUGGAGAUCGGCGCCCUGACGCGGCAGGCCGAGGAGCGGGAACACACGCUGCGGCGCUGCCAGCAGGAGGGCCAGGAGCUGCUGCGCCACAACCAGGAGCUGCACACCCGCCUGUCAGAGGAGAUCGACCGGCUGCGUGGCUUCAUUGCCUCGCAGGGCAUGGGUGACGGCUGUGGGCGCGGCAGCCAGCGGAGCUCCUGUGAGCUGGAGGUGUUGCUUCGAGUGAAGGAGAAUGAGCUCCAGUACCUGAAGAAGGAGGUGCAGUGUCUCCGGGAUGAGCUGCAGAUGCUGCAGAAGGACAAGCGCUUCACCUCGGGGAAGUAUCAGGAUGUGUAUGUGGAGCUGAACCACAUCAAGACCCGGUCGGAGCGGGAGAUCGAGCAGCUGAAGGAGCACCUGCGUCUCGCCGUGGCUGCCCUGCAGGAGAAGGAAGCCAUGCGCAACAGCCUGGCCGAGUAGAGGUCCUGGUGGCCCAGCCCCGCGGCAGACCGUCCCCCGGCCUGAGGGGGCCAGUCAGUCGCCCUCCUUCCUGCUGGAUGGAAGUCAGAAGCCAAGCUUUCUCCCCACCCUCUGUGGGCCGCACGUGCACUCAUACCCACCACACACAGACACACACACACGCACGCACACACACACGUAUGCACAUACACACACACACACACUCUGCGUAUCUGAGCGCGCCCCUCGCACUGGGUCUUACCUUGCACCUUCUUCAGGAUUUUAUAUGUGAAGAGAUUUUUAUAUAGAUUUUCUCCCCUCCCUUUUUUUUUUUCCCCAAAAACACUUUAUACUUUGAAGAAAGCAAUUCCUGGUGGCCAUGUGCCUCCAUCACGGGCUCCCCCUCUGGCCCUAGCCCCCUGCUCGGGCUUCUGGGCCCGUGGCCCUGCCCCAGGGGUCUAGCAGAGCCCCAGCAGCGGCCGGGGCAGGGUGGACUCUGGUGGGAGAGGCGGGGAGCCAGCCACCCUCCUCCUUCCCUACCUCCCACUAACUACUUCCUGCCCUGAGGCGACCACACCUUGGGACUCUGGACAGAGGGACAGACGGACAGAGGGAGCCGGCAGCUGUCCCUAAGGCCUCACCUCCUCCUCCUCCGAGGGGGUGCUGGGCGUGGAAACGCUGGAGCCGCGCAUGAAGGCUCCUCUCCUGCUCCACGAGCCUUCUUAACUUAAUAAAAUGUUCCUGCA